GAGGAGGGCGAGAUCUUUAAAUAUGGAACACGGCUCGAGACGAGCGCGACGCGAGCAGCUUUACGCGCAACGUGGAGCGUGUUCCGACGCCACGGGGAGAGUUCGUGAGCCUGUUGCGUUAUGACUGCUGGAGUGACCGAAUGCAUUGUAGAUAGUAGAAGCAACAGCGAAUUAUCUCCGGCUCCAGACAAACAGGAGUGAGUCUCUGUAUGUGCUCCUGCAUUUACGCAUCCAGACACGCUGAACUUGGAGCGAAUUCGCACUUGCGCGUCUUUCUGAAGCCUGGACGCACUUUAAUUCAGCGUAAGGAGAAGUUCCAGCUACUUUGAUAGAAGAGGACGCGUGCGGCACGGUCAACAUGAGCGACAAAAACAAAAUGGAGGAUGAAGCCAUAGUGGACAGAGGAGCGUCCUACAUCAAAAAUGUGUGUGAUGAAGAGGUCGAGGGUCAUCACACCGUCUACAUUGGAGUUCAUGUGCCUAAGAGUUACCGUCGCCGUCGACGACACAGACGACGAUCCAAUCACAAAGAGAGGAGAGAGCGACUGAUGGAAAACGCCAGCGACAGAUCAGACACCGAGACUGCAGACGAUCCAUCCUCCAGCAUUCUCAAACCUCUCAUUUCUCCGGCUGCAGAGAGGAUCCGCUUUAUUUUGGGGGAAGAAGACAGCGGUCCUCCUCCGCCGCAGCUCUUCACCGAACUCGACGAGCUUCUGGCCGUCGACGGUCAAGAGAUGGAGUGGAAGGAAACAGCCAGAUGGAUAAAGUUUGAGGAGAAGGUGGAGAAGGGGGGAGAACGGUGGAGUAAACCUCAUGUAGCCACUCUGUCUCUUCACUCACUCUUCCAGCUGAAAAACUGCAUCGAGAAAGGAACAAUCAAGCUGGACAUGGAGGCCAACUCACUUCAGCAGAUCGUCGAAAUGAUCACUGACAGUCAGAUUGAGAGCGGGCAGCUGAAGGCCGAUCUGAAGGAGAUGGUCAUGUACACUCUGCUGCGGAAACAUCGGCACCAGACGAAGAAGUCCAACCUGCGUUCGCUGGCAGACAUCGGCAAAAGCGUGUCGAGCGCGAGUCGUCUGUUCAGCAACCAGGAGAACGCGCGCAGUUCUAUCGAUCACUCUGUGCCUUGCUUUGCCACCCUUGACCCUGACGAGCAAAUUCAGAUGCAGAGAAGCAACAGCAUGGGACUUCUCUGUAGUCCGACCACGGCUCAUCGUAACCUGACCUCCAACAGCCUGAACGAUCUCUCAGACAAACCUGAGAAAGACCAGUUGAAUAAUAAAUUCAUGAAGAAAAUUCCCCGUGAUGCAGAGGCGUCAAACGUACUGGUCGGCGAGGUGGACUUUCUGGACGCUCCCUUCGUGGCGUUUGUGCGUCUCCAGCAGGCCGUCAUGUUAGGAGGUCUCACUGAGGUCCCUGUGCCCACACGGUUCCUUUUUAUUUUGCUGGGGCCCAAAGGAAAGGCCAAGUCAUACCGUGAGAUCGGACGUGCCAUCGCCACGCUCAUGUCUGAUGAGGUGUUUCAUGACAUAGCUUAUAAAGCGAAAGACCGUGGAGACCUGCUGGCAGGCAUUGAUGAGUUCCUGGAUGAAGUCAUCGUGCUUCCUCCAGGGGAAUGGGACCCUGACAUCAGGAUCGAACCUCCUAAAUCCAUCCCGUCUGCAGAUAAACGUAAAAACAAUAUUGCCGGAGGUGAAGGUGUUCAGAUGAACGGCGGUGCUCCUUAUGACGGGAGUCCAGCAGGCGGCGGUGGCCACGCGGCCGGUGAUGAACUCAAAUUUACCGGCAAGUUUUGCGGCGGUCUCAUUCUGGACGUCAAGAGGAAGCUCCCGUUUUAUGCGAGUGACUUUUACGACGCUAUCAACAUACAGUCUCUGUCUGCCAUCUUGUUCAUUUACCUGGGAACCGUCACAAACGCCAUCACCUUCGGAGGACUGCUGGGAGACGCCACCGAAAACAUGCAGGGUGUGUUGGAGAGUUUUGUGGGGACGGCGUUGACAGGUGCUGUGUUCUGUCUGUUUGCGGGACAGCCUCUCACUAUCCUGAGCAGCACCGGACCCGUGCUCGUCUUUGAGAGACUGCUCUUUAACUUCAGCAAGGAUAAUGAUUUCGACUAUCUGGAGUUCCGGCUGUGGAUCGGUCUGUGGUCUGCUUUCUUGUGUCUGGUGCUGGUGGCCACAGACGCCAGUUUCCUGGUGCAGUACUUCACCCGCUUCACAGAGGAAGGGUUUUCUGCUCUCAUCAGCUUCAUCUUCAUCUAUGACGCCUUUAAGAAGAUGCUCAAACUGGCUCACCAUCAUCCAAUCAACUCCGACUUCAGCAUGGACCUGGUCACACAGUACGGAUGCCACUGCACUCCUCCGGACGGCAACAUUUCAGCUGAGUAUAUGGAGAAAAUGGAGGCUCUGAUGAACAGCACUGGACAGCACCAUCUGAACGCGACCUGGGCCUCUCUGACUCGCUCUGAGUGUUUGGAGUGGGGCGGUCAGCUGCUGGGACCGGCGUGUCAAUUCGUCCCUGAUAUCACACUGAUGUCCUUCAUCCUGUUCUUCGGCACAUACACCUGCUCCAUGGGUCUGAAGAAGUUCAAAACCAGCCAGUUUUUCCCAACUACGGUCCGCAAAAUGAUCAGUGACUUCGCCAUUAUUCUGGCCAUUUUGAUCUUCUGUGUUGUGGAUGCGCUGGUCGGUGUGGAUACACCCAAACUAAUAGUGCCAAGUGAAUUCAAGCCGACGAGUCCAAAUCGUGGUUGGUUUGUUCCUCCGUUUGGAGGAAACCCGUGGUGGGUUUACCUGGCCUCGUUCUUACCUGCUCUUCUGGUCACCAUCCUCGUCUUCAUGGACCAGCAGAUCACGGCGGUCAUCGUCAACCGCAAGGAGCACAAGCUGAAGAAGGGAGCCGGGUAUCACCUGGACCUGUUCUGGGUCGCCAUUCUCUUGAUCGUGUGUUCGUUCAUGGGUCUGCCGUGGUACGUGGCAGCAACCGUCAUCUCCAUCGCACACAUAGACUCCAUCAAGAUGGAAACUGAGACCUCCGCACCCGGGGAACAGCCCAAAUUCCUUGGAGUCAGGGAGCAGAGAGUCACAGGAACAAUGGUGUUUAUUUUGACGGGUCUGUCCGUCCUCAUGGCCCCCAUUCUGAAGUUCAUCCCUAUGCCCGUCCUGUACGGCGUGUUCCUCUACAUGGGUGUUGCUUCUCUCAAUGGUGUCCAGUUUAUGGAUCGUCUCCAGCUCUUGUUGAUGCCUGCAAAACACCAACCAGAUCUGAUCUACCUGAGACACGUACCGCUCAGACGGGUUCACUUGUUCACCUUCAUACAGGUGCUGUGUUUGGCUCUGCUGUGGGUGCUGAAGUCAACAGUAGCAGCCAUCAUAUUUCCUGUGAUGAUUCUAGCGUUGGUCGCGGUGAGAAAGGCCAUGGAUUAUGUGUUCUCGCAGCACGAUCUCGGUUACCUGGAUGACGUCAUGCCCGAGAAAGACAAAAAGAAGAAAGAGGAUGAUAAAAAGAAGAAGAAAAAGAAAGGCAGCAUCGACAGCGACAUGAACGACUCGGAUUUUCCAGCCAAUGAGAACAUUCCCAGCAUAAAGAUCUCCAUGGAGGCCAUGGAACAGGAGCCAGUGCUGGGGGAGAAACCCUCAGACCGAAAGCCCAUGUCCCUCCUCACUCCCUACUGAUGGAAAGCACUUUUUCCUUUCCAAGACUGUGUCAAGUCAGGAUUUAAACCCCUUUAAGAAUAUGGUGCCUCAGAUAAGAGUCGAUUUGGACCCCGAGAACAACAAAUUCUUCUGGAAAACUCCAGCCUCCGAAACGUCUCUUUAAACACUCCUGAAACACUUUCACAAAUACACUUUUAGGUCCAGAGGAUUUUUGGUCAGUCAGCAAAAGAAAAAACUUUGCUAGAAUGUUUCUUUUUAAAGUCCAACAAAAAAAAAAAGACGAAUGUUAUUUCUACACUACAACCAAUAGCUCCACAAACACAAACUCUUUACCAAAGAAUUUUUUAAAACUUGCUUUAAUAUUUUCGCUCCUUUUGUAUGUCCUUCUGACGUUUUGGUAGCAUUACUGUUGGAAAGUUGAAAAAAAGUAUUUUUAGGUUCUGGGUCCAGACUGAUUUUUUUUUUUUUUUUUUUUUUACAAUUUUUAAACUUUUAUAACGUUAUUAUUUUUUUAAACAAGAAGCAUGCCAGAAUCAUGUUAUAACCAGUCUUAAUAAUGUAGAAAAUAUUGAAAUAAGAAAUUUGAGGUUUGAGUUUUCUAUUAAAUUACUGCACUUCAUUCAAAUGAGCAUAUUAGAUCAAAUUUUCAAAAAAAUAUAAAUGAACAAAUUCACUUUUCUAUGGAAGUCACAGAAUACGAAAAAAAAAAAUGGUAAUUGUUAAUUAUUUCUCAAUUCUUUUCUUUUUUUCAUAGAUCACAAUUCCGAAUGUUAUUCUUAGAAUUCUGAGUUUUUAUCUGACAAUUCUGAGAAUUUUUUUUUAAAUUGCAGAAUUGCAAGAACAAAUUAGAAUUGUGAGAUAAAAGGCCACAAUUACCAGUUGUGUAAACAGGCUUAAAUAGUUUUUGUUGAUGCUUUUAUUAUGUUUUAUUUUCCCUCCGAAAACUCAAACCUUUAGUCUUUUAGAAGUGUAUUUAAGCAUAUAUUAUUACUAAACCACAAUGGUGGCUGUAACUAUUCAUCCCAAUAAGGGAAACUGCAGUUUUAAAGAAAUUUUUUUCUCCUGUUUUUCUAAAGACACUUAAAGUGGGAAACACUCAUGAAGACAAUGAAUAUGAUGUUCUAGUUCUACCUCUUAUAAUGGACUGUAGGUGCCAGGCACUCUGUGUUUGAGUGAAGCAUUUCUCUAUGCAGCAUGGAGCGGAUGUCGACGGCAAUCUUAAAGUCACAUGACUGGAAGAGUGGGAACUGUGUUUGACGCCUCUUGACUAAAAUCACACCUUUUGUGAACUCCAGAUCUGUUCCUUUGAUCAUAAAUGACAAUCCAUAACAGGGCGGAUACUUUCAAUGUGAUUGCGUUCAAUGUAUUUACUAUGAAGCAGAUGAUUUGUGGUGAUUUUAUUAUCUGGAUAUUUUUAUUGUACUUUAAUUUUUUUCAAAAAAAGAAGCAAUGCUGUUGAUAGCGACGUCUUUUAUACUGAGAUGAAACGUUGAGGGGUGUAAUGACUCAAUAAAUGAGAUUUAAUGUGGAACAGCUGCACCGAGUGACAGCAAUAUGCAAUGUAUGUGGGAACUUAAAUACUGCCAUUAAGACAGAUCACUUUCUCUUAUGAUCAGCACAAGGAUAUUUCAGUCGGCAGAUCUGAUGUAGAAUAUUUUUUAAACAUCACAACAUAUAUAUCUAUCUAUAUAUAAACUCCAAAUCAGUGUUUGUACAUAGAUCUUUUUAUCAUCAUCAUCUCUAAUCAAUAAUGUCUUCCAUUCUUUUGAUUGAAUUGCAUUGCCUGUGCAUUUUCAAGGACUGAACUGUUUUAGCCAGAUGCAUAUAGUGUGAAAUAAAUCAUUUCUUUUAGAUGCACUUUUUUUUAAACCUAAAAUUGAGAUGCAUUUACUGUCCUUAAUUCUCUUGUGGAAGCUGUCUUACUCUCUGAUUAUGACGCUACAGGCAAUAAUGAGAUUAACAGUUGAUCGCUGUUCUGUAAAAGGGAAUCACUCUGUAGCACUGUGAGGCGAUGGGCAAAUUAAAGCAAUUAUUAAACCA